CAUGUGUCACUGAAAAUCUAUGAUUAGCUGUUUAAUGGCGGAAUGUAAUCGAAAUGGGGUUACGAACUGUCAUUCAAGGUUCGCACGUUCAUGAUGUUGCAAAGACGCUAAUAUAAGUUAGCUACCGCUGAAGCGCUGGGUGGGGGGGGGGCAGUGUUCUUCGCUAUGUAGAUGGAGACAAUCUCACAGACCCAGGCGUCACAGAGAAGGAGAGGGAGGGAGUGAGGAAAGAAGGAGAGGGAGGGAGAAAUAGAGUGCUUUCCCAUUACAGAAACAAGACAGCGAGACUCAUUCCCGUAUCUUGUGAACCUCAAACGCCCGAUGCCUCAUCCCUCCAGCAGCGCUGCACAGCAGUUCCUCUCAAAGCACUGCUUUGUCAUGUAGAAUUAAGAAAAUAAGAAAAUAAGAAUGAAAAUGCUUCGAUUUCGCACUUCGAGCAUCCGGUCCUUAAAUCAGGAGAUCCAGUGCACGGUGAGGCUGCUGGAUGAUACGGAGAUCUCGUGCAGCAUCCAGAGAGACACAAAAGGUCAGUUCCUCCUGGACCACGUGUGUAACCAUUACAGCCUACUGGAGAAGGAUUACUUUGGCAUCAGAUAUGUUGACCCCGAGAAGCAGAGGCACUGGCUGGAGCCUAAUAAGUGCAUAGUGAAGCAGAUGAAGUCCCACCAGCCCUACACCAUGUGUUUCCGAGUGAAGUUUUACCCCCAUGAACCCAUGAAGAUCAAAGAGGAGCUCACCAGAUAUCUGCUGUACCUCCAGCUGAAGAGAGACCUGUAUCACGGACGACUGCUCUGUCCGUUCGUCGAUGCGGCAUACCUGGGCGCCUGCAUCGUGCAGGCUGAGCUGGGCGAUUACGACCCGGACGAGCAUCCUGCUGACUACAUCAGCCACUUCAGGCUCUACCCCAAACAGACCCACAAGCUGGAGCGCAGGAUCAUGGAGAUCCACAGAACCGAGCUCAGGGGGCAGUGUCCAGCUCUAGCAGAACUGAACCUGCUCCAGAGAGCGCAGACUCUGGAGACAUAUGGAGUGGACCCUCAUCCCUGCAAGGACUUCACAGGUUCGACAGCAUUCUUGGGCUUCACAGCUACUGGCUUUGUGGUGUUUCAGGGUAACAAGAGGAUUCACCUCCUGAAAUGGGCUGAUGUAAGCAAGCUGAAAUUUGAAGGCAAAACGUUCUACGUGAUCGGCAUUCAGAGAGAGAAGAAACUGGUGUUGACGUUCCAUACCACCACUCCAGCUGCCUGUAAGCACCUGUGGAAAUGUGGUGUAGAGAACCAAGCCUUCUACAAGUGUGCAAAGUCCAGCCAGAUCAGGACGGUGUCCAGCAGUAAUGUCUUUUUCAAAGGCAGCAGGUUCAGAUACAGUGGAAGAGUUGCAAAGGAGGUGAUAGAAGCAAGCUCCAAAAUCCAGAGGGACCCACCCGCUGUACACAGGUCCAACUUCGCCCAGAGCAGAAGUUACAACUCCCUGAGCAACAAGCACCUCAUCAUGAACAUGGAGCCCCUGCAACCUGCCCUGCCCGGCCCCAUGGAGGGGGAGGAGCUUCACACAGACUGUGGUGUGCUGGUGCUGAAGGACUCGGUCCACCUGUCGCCCCUGCGGCCAAUGCUCAGCCAGGUGGGUCCGCGGGAGGAGGGGAGCCAGGUCUGUACUCCUGGGGAACAGGGAGGGCUCGAAUCUUCAUCCGAUGAGCAACAGGCACACAGUGAUCAGGAUGAGCAGGAGGAGGUGCGGGAGGCACUGACUAUCUCGGAGCUGGCGUACAGCCCGUGUGCCAGCAUGCUGCCCACGCCGGUGGAGGACGGAGGGGGCGUGGACCUGCUGUUCCAGAGCCCCGUCAAACUGCUGAAGGAGCUCCAUGCGAACCGGCAGCUGGAGGCAGAGCUGGAGGAGGAGCACACAGGGCUGGGGGUGGGGCUUCUGCGAGCUGAGGAGGCGGAGCUGCGGGAGGUGGGCGGGGCGCUAGGCGGCAGGCUGCGGCGGCUGGUGGGGAACGCGCAGACGAACGCCUGUCUGCGCAGCCUAGCCCGGCUGCUGGUGGUGGGCCUGGGCCUGCUCCUCGUGCUCCUGCCACUCCUGCUGGUGCUGCUCGAGUCCGACAUCGACGUCUCCUUCCUGCGGGACAUUCGGCAGACACCGGAGUUCCAGCAGUUCCACUACGAGUACUACUGCCCGCUGCGCCGGUGGCUCGUCUGCAAAAUCAAUGUUGUCAUGGAGAAGCUAGGCGUGGACUGAGGGCCGUGGAGCCACGCCCACGUCCUGCUUCUGUGUGUCCACGAACAGUGACAUGGCAUGGUUUCUCUGUUGGGUUGGGCAGGGCAGGGUGUGGGUUGGCUGAAGUAUGGGUGGGGCAUGGAUUGGGUGGUGAGGGUCAUUUCUGGGGCUGUCCCAGUCAGUCCGGUGUGCUGAAGCACAACACCAGCCUCCUCAUGCAAAGUCUUAAUAUGCACUGAGCAAAUGCUCCAUUUUAAGGUUAAUUUUCAUUCAUUUAGCAGCAGAGGUCAAUAACUCUAACACACUAUACAGGAAGUUUCAGAGGCACUGGGCGGUCAGAAUCUGGAUCUGGAUCUGUCCGUCACAGCCAGUCAGAUAGUAGCAGAGAGAGUUGUGGUUUCACUGAGGAGAGAGAGACGGGUGGCAGUUUCACUGUGGGGAGAUGGAGCAGAGAUAGAACCUGCUCUGUGGUCUGUGAGAAUGCGAUCAUGUCCAGAUUCUCACAGUAAUGGCAUUUUCUAUAUCAGUAAAUUAAACAGACUGAUUAAAUUAGAACAAACAGAAUGAAACCAUUCAGACAAAGAGAACAUUAUACAAUAUCAAAUAAUCUUAAUUUUAUAUCCAUGCAUAGCUAAUAUUGCAAUAUAUGUCAUCAGGAAAUUACAGAAGGCUCGUCUACUUUUCCUGCUGUACACAGUGUUCUGAGUGACCCGCACAGGAACGGGACAGGCCUGAAAGCACCCCACCCUGGUGAAAAAAAAUAAUAACAACCACAGCCUAUAGAUAUAUAUGUAUAUAAAAAAAAUAAAAGACAAAGUUUAUGCUGUUUUUAAUGUUUUGUACAUUUUUAUGUAAUACAAGUAUUUCAGGAAUUUUUCAGUCAGAAAAUCUAAUUUAACUUAUUUAGAGGUACAGAUUUGCUGGACAGGGUCUGGGGAAAUGAAGCUAUUUUUAAAGUACAGAGUUCUGCUACCAGGACUGGGGAUACUGAUAAGUUUCUUACUAGAUAUAGCACAAUCUUUAUGAUGCAGACAUGGCACUGAAUUAAUGGAGGUCUUUAGAGCAACAUAAGGAAAAUGUUGACGUUCUGUUCAAAUACUUCUAGUGUUGUUUUAAACAUAAGUCAAAACAAAGCAGUGGGCUCCUUUUGAUUGGGUUACAGCUCAGUGCCAUCUGUCCCCACAUUUCUAACACCCAAUCGCUGGUUCUGUGCAGUUUGGAAAGUCUUGAUUGCCUUUUUGCCAUGUAAUUUCAGGCUUUUUAAACUGUGUGUGCGUGCAUACAAACUGAGGUGGUCUGGCCUGGAUGCACACACUGGUUCUGGGUCAGGAACCCCAGGUGGUAUGCUGCCAGCCUGCCAAUGGACAUGCAUUGUGAUUGGACGUGGCAUUCCAUACCAAUGUGUGAGCCAAUGGGGUGGGGUCUCUCAGGAAGGACAUCAGAGGCCCCCGCUGGACCAAAUUAAGGAUGCCCAUACUGUUCCAUGAGGAAUGGCACAUUUAACAACAUAAAGCAAACAAUCACAAUGCCCUGUUGUAAAUCUUAUAUACAUAUACACAGUACUUACCCUCUCCUGCAUAAGCUUGCUCUGUUCUACAUGUUCUCCUGCACUGAAGUUUCCUCAGUGAAUACUGUCUCAACAGGUCUCUUUUUCAGUCCAUACAACAGUGAGCAUUCUGAUUCAGCACUGAGGAUACUCAUUCUGGAGCACUGAGCACUGACCCUGGUACUGGGAAUACUUAUUCUGGAGCACUGAGUACUGAGCAUACUCAUUCUGGAGCACUGAGUACUGAGCAUACUCAUUCUGGAGCACUGAGUACGGAGCAUGCUCAUUCUGGAGCACUGAGUACUGAGCAUUCUUAUUAUGGAGCACUGAGUACUGAGUAUGCUCAUUCUGGAGCACUGAGUACUGAGCAUGCUCAUUCUGGAGCACUGACUACUGAGCAUGCCCAUCCUGGAACACUAAGUACUGAGCAUGAUCAUUCUGGAGCACUGAGUACUGAGCAUGCUCAUCCUGGAGCACUGAGUACUGAGCAUGCUCAUUCUGGAGCACUGAGUACUGAGCAUGCUCAUUCUGGAACACUGAGUACUGUGCAUGCUCAUUCUGGAACACUGAGUACUGACCAUGCUCAUUCUGGAGCACUGAGUACUGAGCAUGAUCAUGAGUCAGGCUGUUCUCUGCGUGUCUGCUACUCUGGUGUUGCCCCAAAUAUGUGUGUAGUUCUACCACAUUUGAUAAUUUAAUCUUCACACUUUUUAAAAUAACUUGUUUAUCACAUGAUGGAAUUAAUGUGUCAUUGUAAUGUAAAAUAAGGAUAUUCUUUCAUAUGAUAUUGUACGUUUAGUACACUGUAGCAUUUCUGCAAAAAAGACAAACCCUGCCCUGCUUUGCAAAAUCUGCAGAACAGAACAUUUCAGUGAAGAGAAGAAAUCAGACACCCACACACACACACACACACUAUGCGUGUGCACGCACCUGUCCACAAACAAAACCAUGUGUACAUGCAUGCACAGAGAGACACGCACACACACAAAUGUCCACAUGCUUUAUAUAUACUAUGAUGUGUCAGGCAAGGAAAUGCAGGUUCUUGGGUGAAGUUCAUGCAUAUUUCCAGCAGUUUUAUGAAGCUUUGGCCUGUAUGAAGGAUGCAAAUACUGUUACGUGAUAAGGCCCAUAGAGGACUAUAGCACUGUAGCAUCUCCCCUUAUGUCUAUUCCCAUCUCAUAUAUGCAUGCAUUCCAUAUGUAAACUAAGCAUUAGACAUACUAUAAAACCAACACAGUGGAUGAAUUCUGUGUGUGCAGUUUACACUAGAAUAGGCUUCCUCUGUCUUACAUGUUUCAUUUUUUUUUUUGUUAAAUGCACAUGGUAUGACAAGGUUAACGGUAAUUCACCGUCUAAACCUCUUAAAAUUCCUGUCUUAUACACACGUUUCUGCUUUUUAAAAAUCUCAAAUAAAAGCGGCUCAAUAUUGUUUGCCUGUUUAGAUGGCGUGCUGAAAAAUCUGUUGUGUCAGUCAUACCUGUUUCAGUACCUUCCCCCCAAAAAACAGCUCAGAAAUUCAGGAACAAAAUGCACUGGUGUACAGUCUGUUAAUAAUGUAACGAAAUGCUAUGUCUUAUCCACAGAUUUUACAGAGCUACAUGCUAUAACCACAAGUAGUAAGUGUGAAGACAUAAAUUUAGCAUACAUUGCUAGCCUUCAGUUCCAUAACUGUAAGAUUGAUAAACAAAUGUGUCAAGAAAUGUUGCUGUUAAAUUCUGUAUAGUAACAGAUAGAUAAAAGGUGACCAGAUAUUUAAUCACCAUUAAUGCUACCAUACAUGUUUUGUAACCCCCCAUUCAUACUGCAUAUUGAAACACCCCAGUGCUUGGGCAUUUUUUAUUUUACUGUUUUAACAGUCCCUGUGUUGAGUGAGUGUUGAAUGUAAUUGCUGUCUGUAGGCUGGAAGAGGUUUAUUGAUCACUGUCCUCCUCACUUUCAUUGUGUUCUGAACAAAUCAGUCAUUGUUAGCUAUUAUUUAUCAUGUUGCUCAUGUCCAAUCCCCAGUGAAUAUGGUUGGAUGAAUAAAAACUAAUGCAAACGCUGAUCACCUCACAUGAAACUGUCAGGCAAAUAGGGGACAUUUGUAUUAAAUAAUUGUACUCUGAUAAAGGAGGACUCUAAUUAUGCAUUUUUGUUGUUGAAUGGGCAUGUAAUAAUGUGUACAGAUUGUGUUGGCACGGUUAACAGCAUUUAUUUAUGUAGUUGUUUAUCAGUUUGUAGGAAUUGUGCUUUGUUAUGAGUUUUUAGUAGCGGUUUUGUCAUUUGACCCCUUUUAACUCUGGGAGGAAUUGGGAAAAAAAGUUCCUUCGCGGUCGUACCGAUGCUGGGACAUAGCCUUAUGAACUUUGUAAAGUGAAUUUUGAAUGUUUGUACGUUCAAAGAAAAUAUGGAUUGUUUUAUAUGUUAUUACUGCCACAAUAAAAUCCCAAAUUAAUAUUGAAAA